AUGACCAGUGAAGCCAACGUCUCCUCUGUAUUGGGAGGUACUGUACUCAACGCUGGACCUCUGGGCACUGAUACAAUGUACGGCAAGCUACCGCCUUUGAAUCCUGAUGACUUGAAACUUCCACCUCCUCCACCAUCAGCUGCUAAUAAAGUAACGGAUACAGAAAACGCAAUUUCUAUUAGUGAAGUAUGGGAAGAAUUGAAGGCAAAAACGAGAGAAAUUAUCAUGGGCUCGUCAGUGUCUGGUGUGUUAUCAGCAAUGCGCUUUGCAAACUUGACGAUGGCUGGAUGCAUGAUUGCUUUGGCUAUAGGGCAAAUUAUCCAGACAAAGUCGGCAUUCUCAGCUAUAUCUGACGUCUUCUCGGUCAUUUACACCAUCUUCUUUGCAUUGCUUUUGGUGGGCUAUGAGUUUCGAACAGCUACCAUUGAUAAAAUACUGCGUGGUAGCUUUGGAUUUAUGUACAGUCCCUGGGGCCGAUGUCUCUUUUUGAGCAUGAUUUCUAUCUUUCCAUUUGGCAUGUGCCAUAUCUAUGGCGUGCUAGUGUCACUUGCAGGUUUUGCGAAUGCGUACUUUAACUACUUUGUUAUCACGAAGCAUCCGUCGUUCACGCGUGGCGUUCCCGACUACACGCCUCCUGAGAAGACUUGCGUAGCCAACCCCACGACCGUCGCGGAAGAAGACACCGAGACUGAUUGGCCUUACAAUCGAAUAGAUAUGGCUGUUGAGAAAGAGCUAUGCGAGCGCGUUUGCAAGAAACAGGCUUGCGCUAUCCAGUUUUGUUUGCAGCGCCACGAUUACCAGGAAAGCAAGUGCGCAGCCGUCAUCAAGCAGUAUUACAACUGCUGCGCCGCUGCUAUGGAAGCAGAGGAGAAAACUCGAAAGCCUACUGGUACAAUUGUUACUGCUGGCAAUGAUAAUGGUAAAGCGAAGCGAGGCAUGAAUUAA